AUGGCGACGUUCUUUGCUCGGAGGACAGUUUUGUCACUCAAUCUUGCAACAUUUUCCAGAAAAUACCGUUUGAUCCCUGUCGUAAGUCGUUGUGUAUGUCUUCCCUAUAAACAUUACCAGCUUGUCAGACAGUGUUCUUCGAUAAAGGAAGGAAGUAUACCUCAGAAUCAAGAAGCUUCGCCAGAUUUGGAGCUCAGUGAGAGCUGCGUAAAGGUCAGGUUGUCUAAUCUCCAUGCUGUUUAACUAUUAUAUUCUAGUUCCUCAGAGCUUUAGAUAAAUAUAAAACGUUGAAAUGCUCUCAAUUUCCAAGAAAGUGUGGUUCAACUUUAUCUCCACGCUUUGCAAGCAAAUAUUAGGGCCAUUUAUACGAGGAAAAAUAAGACGCGAACUUUCCGUAUGAACGGCACAUUUCGUCUAAAAUAAGACGCGACUUAGCUAAGACGCGUCCUAUUUUAGAACAGCCCUUAACACCUGUUCUUAGAUAAGACGCGUCUUAGUUAAGACGAGAAAAACUUCGUACAAAUGACCUUCGCGUCUUACGUAAGACGCGAACGCAUAGUACGCAUGCGUUAAUUUUUGGCACCCCAUGUUGGAUUGCUGUUGCCAUGGGCAACAUUGACAUGAAAACGAGUCAAGGACAGAGAUAAGACGCGAACCAUUUAUACGAACUGUUCUUGUCUUAGAUAAGACAUGCUCUCAUAAAUGGUACAGUUCGCGUGUUAUUUAAGAUGAUCCUUAUGUAAGACGCGUCUUAUUUUUCCUCAUGUAAAUGGCCCUAUGGUCUCUUCAUGUCCAUGAGGAAAAAAAAUCUAAUUGAAUCUGCACGUUGCUACAAGAACCUCUGUGAAAAGUUUUGCGAUUUUAACAUAAUGAGAGUUUUUAGAAUUUUUUUUAGUCAAAAUUGUUUGGCACACUGUCGAUCGUCGAUCUAUAGAGGAAAAUAAGUAAGUGUGCCAGCAACAUGAUGAGUGUAUUACAUUGAAAAAAAAAUUUUCAUAUAUUCAACAACAAAGAACAAAAAAACUGUAAAUACUGGUCAUUUCUGGAGACAGACAUGGUUUUUUGAAUUUCUGUCAGUUUACCAUAGUUUCAAGCUAGAAUAAUACAGUGAAAAACUAAACAAGAUUAAUGUUUUUUCUCAGAGUUCCACAUUUGACAAUUGCCAUAUACUUUUGUCAUGUUGUCAGGUAAACCCAUCAUUAUGCUUAUGAAUUCGGUAAUUUUUUUCCAUUAUAAAGCGACAGUCCACUAAAAUUAAUGAAAGCCAAUUCAGGAACUCACACUAAAUUUCAUCUAGCUGCAAUGUAUCUUACUGGCAUUUUUUGCCUUUUAAAACAUAGUUCGUACAAUCUUCAAAAGGUCUUGAACUCUAGUAGUCGUCUUGAAAAGUCCUUGAAUUUGGUUAAAGUCCUUGAAAAGUACUUGAUUUCUUUAUAAGGUCUUGAAAAGUCCUUGAAAUUCACUACACUGUCCAUGCUCGACACAAUUUUCUGUAAAAUUAGAUUUUUUUGCCGAGGAAAAUUUGGCUCAUCCUUGGUUUAAGAACCAUAAAACUCAAAGGUAACGUGAAAAUAUUUUUGUGCAUGAGCAAUAUAUUAUUUUUGUUUCUUUAUUCGAAUGCUAUUUCUGUCCCUCAGAUGCAAUUGCAAUUGUUGUAUUCAAAUUCAAGCUAAAAAAUUUCAGUAUUGACUCUGGUUUUGACUGCAAAGCUCAUGAAUUUUUUUGUUUGUACUGUCAUUAAUACAUGUCUUCCUUGUAAAGCAGGUUUUCUUAAUUGUUUGUUUCAUUCCAGAAUUCACUCUAGUUUUAUAUGUCUUAAUAUUUAUUUGAUGUCAUCAUAUUACUAAAUAUAAAUUAGUAGUUAGGUAGUUAGAUAUUUUUAAUAUCUAUAGUUUUAUAUUUAAAUUUUAUAAAUACCUGAAGGUAAUUCCAUUUCUAAAGGAAUAAAUUAUUUAUACAGCUAACAUACCAUACCAUAACAAAAAAAUUAGACUGCAUGAAAACUUUAAUAGUGUCUCUACAUUUCCAAGGUUAUAAGUACAUGUAUGCAGUGAAAAUAUUUUCAAAAGCUGUUGUUUAGAAACCAGAUUCCCCUCAGACACCCUACGUCCAAAUUCUAUAAAUGAUUCUUUAGCCUAUAAUAUACCACUGCAUAAUUUGCAGUUUUGUGGAACUGAACUGAAGAUGCCAUUUAUUGUGUUGUAGCAACUCCACAAGAUAUUUGCAGAUGACAAAGAAAGUUUUCUUCGAGUCUCAGUGGAAGGCGGGGGCUGCUCAGGCUUUAUGUACACAUUUGACAUCGACACUGAUAUCAGUGAUGAAGACAGGUUUGUC